AAUUAAUGCAUCAGAGUUGAUGGGACUGCAUCAUCAGAACACAGGCGGUGGCAACAACAACUCAAACGGCGGUGGAGGAAUGGGCAACCUCCAGGGGUCUGACUUAUCGAUGCUGCACCACCACCAACAGCAACAAGGAAUCUCACCAAUGAUGAAUCUCCACCAGGACGGCACUUGCUCAACAUCGGCCCUGCAGACGCUAGCUUCUGUGGCCACCAGCUCACACAUGUCUGGACUAACGGGAUCGUCCAUCGCCAGCAAUCAUUCGGCCAGCAUGAUGGGGCUCUCAGUCGGCAUGGGCGGCGGCCUUUCAUCCGUCUCCAUGGGCGGUGGCUUAUCUUCCGUCUCCAUGGGUCAUUUGCAUCAACAGCAACAACAGCAGCAGGCUCCAAUAAUGACUUUCUCCCACCCUGACACUGG